AUGAGGCAAACGUUGAGACCUUGCUUCACUUCAGCCUCCCUCCUGGGGGCCCUUCUGGCCUGGGCGCGCAACACCACAGCAGCAACAUGGGGCCCCGGGAGGCUAGGGGGUACUGCAGCAGAGCCUGUGGCUCUUCAAAGCCGCAUGCAGGACAUAUCCCAUCACACGUAUGACCCUCAGCUGCAGCAGCAGCUGCUACAGCAAGAGCUCGCUCAGCAACAGCAGCUGCAGCAGCAGCUCCACGAGCUACAGCAGCAGCAGCAACAGCAGCUACGGCAGCAACACUGGGAUGGCCUCAGGGGCAGCGGGCCUCAAUCUCAGACCUUUUUGCACCUGCAGCUUAACGAAGAUCCGGGUAAUGGUUCUACUGCUUCGGAGGAGGCAGCAGAAACAGCAGCGCCGGUAGCUUUAGCAGCACCAGCAGAUUCUGCAGAAGCAGCUGCAGCAGCAGCAGCCCAGCCACCAGUAGCAGGCGCAGCACCAGGAGCAGCUGCGCAGCCUGGAGAAGCAGCACCCCAAGCAACUAAAUUAACUGCACUGCUGAAUCCUCCAGCCCCUGCGGACACAGCAGCAGCAGCAGCAGUCCCGCCGCCAGGACAACCAGGUGCAGCAAGUGCACCAGCAGCAGCGCCAGCAGCAGUACCAGCAGCAGCAACACAAGCUGGCGUGUCUCCACUCUAUUCAGGACCCCAGAGUGCGCCCGGUAUGGCAGCAGCAGCUGGACCAGAAGCACAAGCAGCAGCACCGGGAGCAGCAGCAGCACCGGGAGCAUCAGCAGCACUCCCCGCACCUCCCGCACCAGCACCAGGGCCAGAAGCAGCAGCAGUUCCACCAGCAGCAGCAGCAGCAGCACCGGCAGGUCUUUUUGUUGCGCAGCAACCUGCUCUCCCAAUACCACCUGCAGGGCCUCAGCCUGGGUUGCUGCCGCAGGCAGCAGCAACCCCGCCGCAAAACGCGGGAGAAGCUGCAGCAACUGCAGCACCACCUGCUGCAGCUUACCCAACAGCAGCAGCAGCAGCACCGCAGCCCCCCGCACUGCAGCAGCAAUUAGGUACCCUCCCCAGGCCGGCAGCAAAACCGGCGAAAAACUCCGCAGCAGCAGAAGACAACUUGGAGGGCGCUCCUACUAGUGAGGCCGGGGAAGAGGAAGCAGCAGCAGCAGAGGCAGCUGCAACAGAAGAAGAAGCAGCCCAAGCUGCAGCAGCUGCAGCAGCUGCAGCAGCACAGGAGUCUCUCGCCACGCAGCAGCAAGAAGAAGCAGCUUCCGGGGGGCGGACCAUUGUCCUGAAACACGUUGCAUACCACUACGACUCGGACGUGUGUCUGGACCAGUGCUCUUGCUGGCCCGUUUGGUCUUUAAGCAUUUUGGUCUUCUGCUUUUACUCCGUUAUUACUUUCAUUGCCUUCUACAUGACGGCUUCUUUGUACUCGCAGGGAUUGUCUGCUUCGAACUUCUACAGAGGCGGGGGCAACUGGCUGCUGGUGGCUGGAGGCAUUGGGCUAGUGGUGGGGGGCAUGGUGGGGGGCUUGGUGCCCCCUUCUUGUUGGGCGGGGGCCCUCUACCUGGGGGGGGCCCUAAUGAGUCUGCUGGUGGCUACAGUGCUUGUGGGGCGCCGCGGGGCGUGGCUGGGGGCCCUGGGGGGCCUCGGGAGCGGGGCAGUCAUAGGUGUCUUCACUUACCCCAGUUUGGGGGUUGCUGGGAUCGUCGCCUCCACAGUUGUGGGGCUGCUUUUGGGGAUCGUCUUGGGCUUUGCUCCCAUUUUCAGAGGACUCAAAAUCAAUGAAAGAUACAUUUGCGCAGGUCUUCGCUCCAGGACUCCAUCCAGCACCGCUUCAGAGGAAGCCAGCAGAAGCUACGAAGGUAGCCACGGGACGAACAGUAGCCCAAUGGGCUCUAGACGACCCCACACCCUGACAGAGGAGCUGCAGGACCCAGCCCAACAGCAGCAGCAGCAGCAACAGCAACAGAAGCACCGGCUGCAGCAACAGCUGGAACAGCAGCUGCAGUGA